AUGUUUGUUUUAAAUCCAGCUCCGAGGGAAGCAAUGCAACUGAAACUUCUACACCUUCAGACUAGAUCUUUCCGCACUUUAACAACAAUAUGCCAGUGCCAAAGCUUGAAUAAAACUGGACGUCGGCUAUUAAAGCUGGAUAAUGAAGUUGACAGAACAGCUCACGGACUGGCACAGUCUUGGAAUUUAUAUGCUCUGAAAACUGCUUCCCCUCAUUUGACAAGUCGAUGUGCACAAGUCAAGAAUUGGCAGCUGCUCCAAGGAAAUGUAUCAGCUGUGGGAAAAAAUGUGUAUUAUCCACAUGGGGAGAUUUUUUUUCCAUUCAGGAAGUGUUCUAGUGUGGCAGUGACUCAAAACUACAAGCUCAAUACAAAGCAUAUUAAAAAGCUUAGGAACAUACCGUCAAGAUUUUACUCCGUUGUAUCAGCUGGUAAAAUUAUUCCAAAACAUGGUAACCAGACAGUUAAGAGGCCACCAAAAGCACCAAGGACCAAGCAGCCUUCCAGAACUAAUCAGCCACUACUGUCAGAUGUGGAGAAUCUGAUGCAGUGCACAGCCUUUGCAACAGCAGAUGAAUAUCAUCUUGGUAAUCUCUGUCAUGACCUGACUUCACAUGGAUAUGUUGAAAUAACAAGUUUGCCUAGAGAUGCUGCAAAUGUUUUGGUGAUCGGUACUGACAAAUCUGCAAAAGAUAAUGAUCCUGGCAUGAUUUUUUUCUUUAGGGAAGGGGCUGUUGUUUUUUGGAAUGUGGAAGAGAAAAGUAUGAAGAGUAUCAUGCAAGUGCUAGAACAGCAUGAAAUUCAGCCAUAUGAAGUUGCACUAGUCCACUGGGAGAAUGAAGAACUGAACUAUAGAAUAGGAGAAGGUCAGUCAAAGCUUCAUAAAGGAGAAAUCUUGUUAAACUCUGAGCUGGAUAGUGAUGAAGUUGUGCUGCAAAAAUUUGCCUUUUCUAAUGCCCUUUGUCUUUCUGUGAAGCUGGCUAUUUGGGAAUCAUUAUUGGAUAACUUUGUGGAAUCUAUCCAGUCAAUCCCAGAGAUACUAAAGUCACGAAGGAAGGUAAAACUGUCUCAUGCAGAUGUAAUGCAAAAAAUUGGAGAACUCUUCGCAUUAAGACACCGUAUAAAUCUGAGUUCAGACCUGCUAAUAACACCUGACUUCUACUGGGAUAGAGAAAAACUGGAAGAGCUUUAUGACAAGACUUGCCAGUUCCUCAACAUUAAUCGCAGAGUUAAGGUAAUGAAUGAAAAGCUUCAGCACUGCAUGGAGUUGACAGACCUAAUGCGAAAUCAUCUGAAUGAAAAGCAUGCUCUGCGCCUUGAGUGGAUGAUAGUAAUACUCAUCACCAUAGAGGUUCUGUUUGAACUUGCAAGGGUAGUUUUCUGACGACAGAAGAAACUCAGUAAGAAGACUAACAAAACCAUAAAGACCAUAUGGCCCAGAAAAUUUCUGUCUAUAAUAUGCUUCUGGGAAAUAGUGGAAUCGUGUCUCUUGAUA